AAGCGUAAUAGCAUAGUGGUGUUGUCGUUUUUGGUUGCGUGAGGAAAGCCGAACCCGCACGCGUGCAGCAAGAGACGCAGAAAAGUGAAGAGAAGACGAGCUGGAGGACGGCCGGGUGGUGGUGGUAGCCUCGAGGUGGGAAGGAAGGUGAAAAAAAAUGAUGCGGUGCCAUCCGAUCGUUCUCCUCGCCGGCCUGCUCACCGUCGUCCGUGCUCAAGGGGUCCCGCGAACAUUUUCGGCUAGGCCUUACCGAGGAGGGCCCCCAUUGCCUGUUAGAGCGGUCCUCGGUGGAACGGCCGAGCUGCCAUGCGACAUUCGUCAUCCUCAGGGCAACGAUUCCGCUAUCUUGGUCGUUUGGUACAAGAGCGACGUCUUCCCAAUCUACAGUUAUGACCUGCGCAAGCCGGAGAAAGCGUCGCACUGGCACGACAAGGGAUAUUUCAACGAUCGAGCUCGCUUCAGAACAGCAACCGAACCGGCAACUUUAGAGGUUAAGCGUGUGGAAAGCAACGACGAGGGAGAGUACAGGUGUCGAGUGGACUUUGCCAUAAGUCCGACCAGAAACUACAGAGUACAUUUAACAGUGAUAGAACCGCCACAGAAGCCAAACAUUAUCGACGAACAAGGUAGUCCCGUCGGAUCAGUCGCCGGCCCUUACGAAGAAGGCGGUGACAUGAGACUGCAGUGCCUCGUCUCUGGGGGUCGCCCCGAGCCUACGGUGAGAUGGUGGCGCGGACAGAUGCUCUUGGACUCGAAAGACGAGAAAUCGAGCGAGUUCCCAAAUCUGCGCAGAAACACAUUGGUCGUCAAAGAAUUAACCAGAGCGGAUCUUCACGCCGUGUUCGAGUGUCAAGCGAACAACAACAACAUCAGUCUGCCCGUAUCGACGUCGGUAGCGAUCGAGAUGUAUCUAAGGCCACUGAGCGUGACGAUACUCAGCAGCGAGCACACACCCCUGAGCGCCAACAGGACGUACGCCAUCACCUGCAUAACAUUUGGUUCAAGGCCGGCGGCCGCGAUAUCCUGGUGGAUGGACGACAUCAAGCUCGUCAAUCACACGGACACGGUGUCGCAGGACGGCAACUCGACGAGUUCAAACUUGACGUUUCAGCCUACUCUGCAGCAUCACAACAAAGUUAUCACGUGCAGAGCCGAGAAUAUCAAGAUCAAACACGGCAUGGAGGAGGAUGCGUGGAAAUUGAAUGUGUUUUUUGUUCCUAUCUUGCAUCUGCAACUUGGCUCGAACAUGAAUCCGGAUGACAUCGAGGAAGACGACGACGUGUAUUUCGAGUGCAACAUCAACGCCAAUCCCGACGCUUAUAAAGUCGUGUGGAAACACAAUGGAAACGUGAUUCAAAAUAACGCGAAGAACGGCGUGCUGGUGCAGCCAUCCAAUUUGGUGCUCAGAAAGGUGAAUCGGUCCCAGGCCGGAAAUUACACCUGCAUAGCCAGUAACGUCGAAGGCGACGGCUACAGCAAUGUCGUCGAGCUUAAGAUCAUAUACAAACCGAUUUGCGUGCCGGAUCAGAAACGUAUCUACGGGGUGGCGAGGCACGAGGACGCUCGCGUGAUAUGCAAGGUCGAGGCGUAUCCGGCCCCGGAGAGCUUCCGCUGGGCCUUUAACAAUACCGAGGAGGAUCGUCUGGUCGACGUGCCGCAAGCGCGUUACAAGAACGAGACCAAACAUACUCAGAGCGUUCUCACAUACAAACCGGUCUCGGAAAUGGACUACGGCACCGUGUAUUGCUGGGCGAGCAACACGGCCGGUCAGCAGAAGAAUGCCUGCAUAUUUCACAUCAUACCUGCGAGCAAACCGGAAGCGCCGUACAACUGCACGCUGACCAACCAGACCACCGAAUCACUCUCGGUGGAAUGCACCGCUGGGUUUGACGGUGGUCAGGCGCAACACUUCCUCCUUGAAGUGUUCGAUCAGCAUACGGGAGUCCUGCAGGCCAACGUCACGUCCAGAGAUAAUGCGGCUUUCACCGUACAGGGUCUGGAGCCGGGCAAGGUUCUGAAUAUGAAGUUGUACGCGGUGAACGCGAAAGGGAGGAGCGAGCCCACGCUGCUGGAAGGAUUCACGCUCAAAGUCGCCGAGAAGCAAACCGUGCGCGUUUUGUUCACAGGUACUCCGGUACCCUUCGAGUUCACCCCUUUGCUGGGGGGUCUGAUCGGCGUGGUCGCCGCACUUUUGCUCGUCACCGUCACCAUUCUAGCCGCGCUGAAGGUGAGGAGCGACAGACGAGCACAAAGACCAGGCGAUUUACCUCUGAAGAAGGCCACCGCACCAAGCUCAGAGGAUCUCUACGACGCGGACGACAGAAAUCCGGACGUUGUACCGACCAAUAAAGAUUCAGAUUAUCAACUGACCGGCUCGACUUCCGGCACGCCGUUAGCAACGCAAAACACACCGGAUGGUCUUCCACCGUCGUCCCUUCCGGCCCAGCAGACGAAUAAUCACCUGCAAGGACUUCCCGCCUAUUCGCAUAACGACUACACCAAUUAUCCAACCUUGCCGCUGUCGGGCGAGGUAACGUACGCCGAGUUGUGCCUGGCGAGGCCCACCACCCUGUCCACUCUAGCGACCGACGCCAAACUGGCGAGUCUAAGCGGCGGUAGCCUGGGUGGUCUUCAGAGCUACGGCAGCGGUCUCGGGGUGAUCGUGGGCGGCAAGCCGUAUACGAAAGAAGCCACGGUCUACGCGUGCAUCGACCACAACGCCAGACCGCCCAAAGUGGACGUCUCCAACGCGCCAUCGUGCGCGUCCACCCCGCUGUCCACGGUUAACAUGCAGGACUCCACCAUCUCCACCGUCACGAGCGGCAAGCAUCACCCGGCGAGAGAGGUCGUCACCGUCCGCACGCCCCUUAUCUCGACCCAGGAGAGCUGCGUAUAGGGACGCGAUUCCGACGCGCUCAACGUCAACGAGUACUACGUCUGAUAUGGCCGCCGACUCGUGGCGAUCGUGCGCGUCCUCAUAAAUCGAUCCUUACCCGAUUCCUGGACUCGUUGUUACUCUCCUCCUCUGAUAACGCUCCCUCGGAUUGUCGCGGAAAAAUAAAGGUGCACCUAUUACCUAAUUAUGUGAGUUGACGAUGUGAGCUUCGUUCGUACACGCGAGGCAAUAAAGCGAGAUCGUCUCUUUUAAAGAAGGAACGAACUUCCGCCGAACCGACGAGCACCGUCGAUCGACAAGUGGUGACAAGUGUCCUGUAAUAAGGGACAAAACUUCUUGAUUGUGACAGACGAGACGUCGCACAACGAGGAAGAGAACGAUCGGGCUACGCUUUGGUAAAGAAUAAAUAAAGUAUUGUAAAGAAUGUAUGUAAAAUGAAGAGAAGUUUUACAAGUUCUUUGAUGAAUUUGCAAACUAGACGUGUAAGUAAGUUCUUUGUCGGGAUAAUUGAGAUAAAUGUGUUAUAAAAUUCAAAAACUUUUCUCUGUCGCAAGUAAAUCCGAGGAAUAUCACAGAAGAUUCCAAUAUCGAGAUAUCGUACACGUACAAUAAACGGAUUCUUUCGGUAUACGACAUUCCAUUGUGUUCCGAAUACAUGCCAAAACUUGAUAUCCUCUAUGAAAUUUCUAUAAAGCCAUGUCGUAUAAUAAAAUCCAAAAGGAAAUAUCAGGAUAAAAUCGCACUGCCCAAUUUUCGAAAAUCCGAAGAUCGCUUUUUCAUCGGCGAAGCAACGGUGAAAGCGCAAUCGAAAAUAUUUAACGGAAAUGAGCUCUCUCGACGAAAUUGAAGACCAAAAAUUGUUUUCUCGAACCAAAAGUUUUUAAAAACAAUUUCUUCUAUCCGAGAAAAUCGCGCAUUCGCAAGGAAUUGAUUUUAUUCUGACAAAAAUUGUGGUUUUUUGGGCUUUUUUUUAACACGUUAUUGAAUAUUUCUCUAAAAGAGAAAACGUAUCAUCAUCCUCUCCUUUCGAUUGUUCCAAUUUAAAAUGUAGGUUUAUAAAAAAAAAAAAAAAAAAAAAAAUUUACCGAAUAUUCAGUCACGGUAAAGAUCUCCAUCAAUUGACGGAAUAGUCGAUGGGGCGGAAAGAAAAACGUGUCCAAAAUCUAGGUUUUUGCAAUUUCGCAGAUGUUCGAGAGGCAAGAUUGAUGUACCUAUGUCUCGCAACGUCGAAUGUAGAUUUUCUAUCCCGAGAGUAUACUUUGUAUUACAAAGCAGGUAUGGGAGGAUAAGGAAGAUCGUCGCGUUGAGUGUAUUUUCGUAGAAUGGCGCGUCUUUAUCGACGGUAUGCUUCUUCUCUUCUCACUCUAUCUUCUCUCUUUCUCUCUCUCCUCUCUCUCUCUCUUUCUCUCUCACUCUCUCUUUCUCUCGGAAUAUCGUAUCAUGUCGAUUACGUCGCGAGCAAGUGCAACGAUAAAUUUCGAAGAGCGUACAGGAUCCGCGUCGGAGAAGAUCGACUUGUUCCGCGAAAAUCCUCAAAAUAUUUUCGCGCUGGCAGUUGCGACGCGAAACAAGUGCGCCUGUGUAAACCUGCGCGCCGGCAAACAUUACGAAAAUCCGACGUGAGGAUUUCUUCCAACGUCAGACACGUUCUCUUCUCGCUCUUUCGCCGAUUUUGUUUUUUUUUUCUUUUCCGUCGGAAGAUACCGAUCGCAAGUAUUUUAUGGACCAUCCGCUUUUCGUAUCGUCCUCGAUACUUCUCGCGUGACUGAAACGCACAUCCUUGUCGACCAAUAAAAUAUCCACCUUGCGCGCGCAACGCAUCGGUUUAAUUGUCAAGAAAAUAAUUAAAUAAUUAAUCAGACCGCUCGGAGCGAUCGAUCGAUCUCUCGCCAAAAAGGUAUGCAUGUGAGGGGUUUGUGUGUGUGUGUGUGUGUGCGUGCAUGUUACAGUCGAAUUUUCAACUGUGUCACGUCGAGAUGCGAGCUAAUUAAUUAAAUCUCGGUGUGCGCCGAUGUUUUAUUUCAACUUAUUUACAGUACACCGCACACACCGCGGAAACUUGCAAGGUAAGAGUAAAUUUGCUGACUAAAAUAAGCGCCGCAGUAUCGAUCUUCUCCGUCGCGCGGUCUAAAGCCGUUCUUUAUCCUUUCGUCAUCACGUUUCUCUCUCUCUUUCUCUCUCUCUCUCUUUCUCUCUCUCUCUCUCUCUCUCUCUCUCUCUCUCUCUCUC